UAGGAAAUCCCAAAAGGGUUUUCAUCUAUAAAAGAUUUGGCUUCUACGAAGAAACCAAACCUUCUUGAUCAGAUGAAUUGGCAGCUGCUGCAACCCCCUUAGUUAUAUAAGUCUAUGUUUAGUCCAGCUUUAUCUAUAUUGCAAAAUCCAAAAUAGGUAUAGAGAAGCAACAAAAACAGUGUCUUUUGGAGUUUUCUCUGCAUUUCUUGAUCUUGAAGCCAUUGAUAAGUGCAAAGUAGGGUUUCAUGUUUUGGCCUAUUGCGGGGGUACAAAGUAUGGGAAGUGGCGAACUGUCUGUAACAUAAAACAGAGAGUUUCCGGUCCAUACAAGGUAAAACCAUUGAUAUCUACAGCGUACAAGAAACAUUGUGGUGACAGCUUGAUUUCAAUUUAUAAGAGAAGACCCAAAUGAUUGGAUAGAAACCCAGAUUCAAUCUGAUGUUAUAGCUCUCUCUCAACAUUCAACAAUGAAUUCUAGGGAAAGAAGAGAGGGGAAACAGACCAUAGUUAUUGUUCUGGAGGGAAUGAAGGUGUCCACAGAGAGAAGGAGUCUUGCACCACUUUGGAAGGCCAUGAACGGUGGAUUAAGUGUUGAAGAUGAGAUUUUGGUCCUCACUCUUCUUCAUAUAAAGCCAUCGGAGACAUCACUAUGUGGAGGUUUUGAUGUAGAUCGCUGUAGUUGUUGGCAAUCAUGGGAAGGACAAAAAUAUAUCAAGUUCUUAAACCGAGAGAUCGGUCGAAGAAAGGAGGCCUAUAUACAAAUUUUCAGGCCUUUUUAUGACAGCUGCAAGAGUGAAGGAGUGAAGUUUCAGGUGAAAGUUGCUGCAGGAUUCCGACCAGUAGAGACCAUAGUUGAGGAAGCAAACAUAGCGAAGGCCACUUGGAUCGUAAUAGACAGUUGCUUUGCGGGAGACCUGAGUUUUCGAUUGAGUGGCACAGACUGUAAAAUGUCUAUGGUGAGUGAUCAUGGGGAAGCCAUAGGAUGCAAUUACUUGGUUAUGAACGACGAAGCGCAGAGUUCAACAGCUGCAGAAGUAAAUUGCAGUCCCAAGAGCCCAAAGUUGAUGACGGCAUUGUUAUCAGGACAGCAACAUCAAGCUAGUGAUUCCUUCACAGAACCAUCUCUUCCCAGGAGCACAUGUAAAGAAACAGAAAAAGAACAAACAAAUGCAGAGCCAUAUGAGCAAAAUGAAAUCAAGCCAUCCACUCAAAUAAUUGGUUCGCAAGAAAAUAUCUUCGCAAGUGAGGUCGAUGUUUUACGACGGACGCCAGUUGAGCUAAGCUGGGAAAUUAUUGUGGAGUUAACAAAUGGGAUGUGGUCGGUGGCUCAGAGAAGCCAAGAGUAUUGUUCAACCUAUUAUGGGUACUUGUCCGAGCGUGCAUCCUACGUUUACUUAAAGAGAUUCAGCGGGAAUUCAAGUCAUGACAAACUUGAAGCAGAGAUAAAGGCAGCCUUGUACCUGCACCAUAAAAACAUAAUGAGCUUGAUUGGUUACCACAAGAGUGAAAACAAUACAGUUCUAGUUUUUCCAUACGUCAGAGAAAUGACACUAGACCAUUACAUUUGCGAAUCGAGGAGAAAAUAUGCAGAGUCAACUUUUCAAGAGAAAAUGAAGAUAGCCAUAGGUAUUGCUCAAGGUGUUCGAUAUAUGCACGAAGAAUGUCCUCGAGCUCCCAUUGCUCAUGGUGGAUUGCAGCCCAGCAUUAUUGUCUUGACAUCGAGCUUACGACCAAUGAUAUCUGGCUUUGAGCGUUCUACCUGGCUUCAUCUUGAUCCAGCACCACCUGUCUUUAACAGGUGCUGGCUCAAUGAUCCUUUGGACCACAAAUCAAUGGAGCUUGUAAAAUCAGACAUCCUUUCCUUUGGAAUGUUGCUCUUGAGACUGUUUUGCGGAAGGUCAGCUCCACUGGACGAUGACAAAUUGAUGGAGUGGGCUAGGCCACUGCUGCUGCAAGGGGCAUUUCAUAUGUUAUUGGAGUCUGAUGAUGUAGACGUUCACGCAUUGUACAGGGUGAUGAAUGCUGCAACUCAGUGCACAAGAACCAACCCGAUUUCACGGCCAUCUAUCAGUGAGGUUCUUUCUAUUCUCAAAGGCGAAAAAGAUUGCACUAUGAUAUCAUCCCCAUCUGAAAACAGCUUUUAAAUGAUGCAUCUCUAGUUCACUGUAAAGUCGCACAUUCAGCCUGGAGCCAUCGACAUUAUUUAUCAUUUCUGCAAGAAUUGGCACAUUGCAGAGCAAAGGUGAUUAACAGGAAUGAACAGAAUAAACCAUACCCAGAGACCCAAUACUUGCUGGUUUGGAGUAACUUCCAUUACUAACUUUGCUUUAUGUUGGAGUCUGGACUUCUGUUUUGUAGAUGCUCUAAGUCUUUAGUUAUAAGGGUAUAUUCUGAAUAUAGGUAGAAUAUAUCUCCUUACUUGAUACCUUAGACUCCAAGGAAGAAGGAACGUAAUUCUAGCUUCAUUUAGCCUAUUGGUUUGCUUUGAGGUCUUGGGCAGCUUCAACCACUUCUUUUUGUGCCAAUGUUCCACUCGAAUUAUUGUAAUACUAAUAUGUUCCUUUGUAUUGAAUGUAUCUAUGAGAUUUGAACUUGAGCUUGAAUAU